CUAAACCACCUCCGCGUACAGUGCAUCCAAUCUGUGCCCAUGGUACGAGAGGUCAGAUGUGACCCGAGAGACUCCAAAAUCCUCAAAAUUAAGAGAAAACACACAUUGGGAGUCUAGUCACGGUCGGGGAUGAUUCUGGUAAGACAUAGCCUAAUAUUAAGAGAAGCUGACAUUGAAAAGUCCAAUGAUGCCGCCCGUGGCGUAACUGUAGCGAGUUAGCAAACCUUCAUCAAGUCUCAACGCCUGAAAUAAACUGUAUUUUAUAUAAUCUGGGAGGAACUGGUGUAAAGUGCUGCACUCAAGUAGCGCGCAUUCACAUGCACGCCGCUGGACUUCAACUCUUGUGCGCGCUAUCCGGCGAAGAGCGCUAUGCGGCUGCGGACAGCGCGCGACUGGAUCGGCACUGGCGUUUGGGCAGAUUCGUCAAAAGCGAGAUCUGCAAGUUAAUAUUCCAGUGCAGAAGAUGAAACUGUAAGCUGUCAGCAAAGAGGUUCUUCAUUUUCCGGUGUAACUACUAUGCUGCCGAAAGAGCAACACAGUGAAGGCAAGGCAGGCAUAAUCCCCAGUUAUGAAGAAGAAGUCAAGCCCAUGAAGAAAGAAAAGAAGGAGGUUGUGUAUGUGGACCCACCAGAUGGAGGAUGGGGUUGGAUGGUGGUUCUUCAUUGUUUCCUGGUGAAUGUGUUGGUCAUGGGCACACUGAAGAGCUUCGGGAUCUUCUUUGUGGCUUUGCAGGACGAGUUUGGAGGCUCGUCCGAGAGCAUCAGCUGGAUCGGAUCCAUCAUGUCCAGCCUCAGGCUCUCUGGAGGACCGUUGGCCUCAGUGGCCUGUGCCAAGUUGGGGAACAGAGUUACCUCUAUAGCGGGGGCAUUUCUCGUCAGCGCUGGCUUUCUCUCCAGCAUAUUUGCCCCUACUGUGAUCUACCUUUACAUUAGCAUGGGGGUGGUUGUAGGUCUUGGGUUUGCUCUUCUGUAUCAGGCCACAUCUGUUGUAACAGUGACCUAUUUCCGAAAGAGACUGGCAACUGCGUAUUCAAUUGGACGCUCUGGCAUGGGUUUGACCUUUGCCCUCGCUCCAUUCACUCAACUGCUUUUGGAUCAGUAUGCCUGGCAGGGAGCUCUGUUGAUAUUGGGUGGUCUGAUGCUCAACCUGGUGGCCUCUGGGAUGCUUCUGCGUCCCCUUAAUGUAGCACCUCCUGCCUCUCCAACCUCAAACUCCAUCCUGCAGAUGGCUCCCGCUGGUCCCUUGAGCGGAUCUGAGAAAGACCUUUCUAAGAACAGCCUUAAUGGCAACACACCUCUGUCCAAUGUUUUUUCCAAAACUGACAGUUCACCCUCUGUUCGCAGGGACACGCUUAUCAUUGAGAACAUAGCACACGAACAGAAUCUGGAAAAUAAAAAACUCACCCAGAAUGGGGUAAAUGGAGCAGACAACAGCCAAAUUAAAGUUUCCCCUGACAUGAAUGGGGUAUCUCCUGUAGAUGGUUUACUUGAAAAGACCAGAACUGAAACCCCACCUGAAAACCCCCCAAAAGUGUUGGACUUCUCUCUGUUGAAGAACCCUUUCUUUUGCAUCUACACCUGGUCGCUGGUCUUCAGUCAGUUGGCUUAUUUUAUCCCAUACUUCCAUUUGUCUGCAAGAGCACGGAAUCUGGGCAUUGACCCCAUGGAUGCCUCCUACAUUAUCUCCGUGGCAGGUAUAACAGAGACAGUGGCCCAGCUUGCAUCUGGUUGGGUGACGGAUAAGAAUCUGGUUCACAAAUAUCACUACCAUAAAGCCUAUCUAAUCCUGUGUGGUGUGGUUAAUCUUCUCUCACCCUUGGCCACCUCCUACAUCCUGCUUAUGGUCUAUGCUGUCUUCUUUGCCAUCUUCUGUGGGGGAUAUAUGGCUCUUCUGCUUCCUGUGCUGGUGGACUUGGUGGGUUCUGAGAAGCUAAACAACUCCAUGGGGUUCUCAAUGUUUUUUGUGGGACUUGGCUGUCUAACAGGUCCUCCUCUGGCAGGCUUUCUGUACGACUACACUCAGACCUACGACUGCUCCUUUUACCUGGCUGGGGUUUGUUAUCUGCUCUCAUCGGUUUCUCUGUUCCUGGAGCCUCUGGCGAGACGCUGGCAGGCCAGAAAGAAUCAACUGAAGAUUUUAAAUGAGGAGCUGAUGUGGAGCAAUGGCUGUUUCUGCCCAGCGCCUCAGAGAAACAGUGUCGUAUAGGAACAGGAGUGAACUUAAGGUCGUCUUGUUUUAACCGUGCCGUGCGGUUCACCCGUGCAUGUUGAUCGGAAGAGGACCUGACCUGAACUUUUGUAUGGACCACAUGGCAAGCAAAUGAAUGUUCAUUUGAAUGCAGAGGUUUAUCCAUGACCAAAGCUAUAUUUAUGCUUGAGGACACUACAAUGCAAAUGUUUUGUUUGCUCCUGAGUGAACAUGUAUUUUGCUGUUUUGACUUUACUGCCACACAUUUUGAAGAAUCAGCACAAGAAUCCUAAAUGGCACCAUCUAUAGUUUUCUGUAUGGAAUCAUUGUCCCUAAUCAUUGCCCUCAGUUUGACACCCUUGUUUUAUGCAAUAAAGGCGUAAGGGGCCUGUAAAUGCUUGCAUAUGUUUAUUUUUUAUUUGCUUAUGUAUUAUUAUGUUUAGUACUGUCUACAAGACUAUAAACUGCGUCACAGUGACAGACGUCCUAGAUGAAGUUUGAUUUUGUCAUUAAUG